ACGACGACGUGUUGGAUGUUAGCUAAUUAUCUAAGAUCAAUUGGCCGACAAGCUAGCUAACGUUAUUUUUCCUCGCAGAAACAAAAACGAAACUAGCUACAUACCGGGUGAAUUGAAAUUACCAACAAAACUGGGAUAAUGAAGACGCGGAUAGACACGGAUUUUGUACUUGUGUUCACGUUAGUUGCCUUCAGUACUUGUUCAGGAUUCUACCUUCCGGGUAUAGCCCCAGUGAGUUUUUGUGAAGACGGUAAAGGAGGUGACGAUUGUCAGACUCUCAUCCAGCUAUUUGUGAAUCGCUUGGACUCAGUGGAAUCAGUUCUGCCAUAUGAAUAUGACGUCUUUGACUUCUGCACAGAUAACGUGGAGAGGAGACCGUCUGAGAACCUGGGCCAGGUGCUAUUUGGCGAGAGAAUUGAGACCUCGCCAUACAAGUUCUCAUUCAAAAAAGACGAGAAAUGCCAGAAAUUGUGCACCAAAACCUAUGUGAAGGGUAAAACCGAGGAUAAGAACAUGCUGGACUUCCUCAAGAGAGGAAUGCAGUUGAACUACCAGCACCAUUGGAUUGUUGACAACAUGCCAGUCACCUGGUGCUAUGAGGUGGAAGACAGUCAGAAAUACUGCAAUCCUGGAUUUCCCAUUGGCUGCCUCAUCACCUCUGAGGGGCGGCCUAAAGAUGCCUGUGUCAUCAAUGGUGAGUUCAACAAGAAGGACACAUUUUACGUCUUCAACCACGUGGACAUCAAACUUACCUACCACAAUGGGGAGGGGGAGGGGUGGAGAGGAGCUCGCUUGGUGGCAGCCACACUGGAGCCCAAGAGUUUCAACAAUGCUGGUGCUGACAAACCGACAUGUGAAGGCCGUCCCAUGGAGGUUCCUGUACUGUUUAACAGUGACGUGAAAAUCACCUACACCUACUCUGUCACCUUCGAGGAAAACAAUGCCAUCAAGUGGGCCUCCAGAUGGGACUACAUUUUGGUCUCCAUGCCUCACACCAACAUCCAGUGGUUCAGCAUCAUGAACUCUCUAGUCAUCGUGCUUUUCCUGUCUGGCAUGGUGGCUAUGAUAAUGCUGAGGACCCUGCACAAGGACAUCGCCAGGUACAACCAGGUGGACCAGGAUGAUGCUCAGGAGGAGUCUGGGUGGAAGCAGGUGCACGGGGAUGUGUUCAGGCCUCCUACGAAGGGCAUGAUGCUUUCUGUGUUCCUCGGCCAGGGAACCCAGAUCUUCAUCAUGACUUUCAUCACCCUCUUCCUGGCCUGCCUGGGGUUCCUGUCUCCAGCUAACCGGGGGGCUCUUAUGACCUGUUCUGUGGUGCUGUGGGUUCUGUUGGGGACCCCUGCAGGAUACGUGUCAGCACGCCUCUAUAAGACUUUCGGUGGUGAGAAAUGGAAGCUCAAUGUCCUGUUGACAGCACUGUUGUGUCCAGGGAUUGUGUUUGCAGACUUCUUCCUGAUGAACUUGAUCUUGUGGGUGGAAGGGUCGUCGGCUGCCAUCCCCUUUGGCACGCUGGUGGCCAUCUUAGCUCUGUGGUUUGGCAUCUCCGUGCCCCUCACCUUCAUCGGUGCCUACUUCGGCUUCAAGAAACCUGCCAUUGAGCAGCCGGUGAGAACCAACCAGAUCCCCAGACAGAUCCCAGAACAGUCCUUCUUCACCAAGCCUGUCCCCGGGAUCGUCAUGGGGGGCAUCCUGCCCUUCGGCAGCAUCUUCAUCCAGCUCUUCUUCAUCCUCAAUAGCAUCUGGUCUCACCAGAUGUACUACAUGUUUGGUUUCCUCUUCCUGGUCUUCAUCAUCCUCCUCAUCACCUGCUCUGAGGCCACCAUCCUGCUAUGCUACUUCCACUUGUGUGCAGAGGACUAUCACUGGUGGUGGCGCUCAUUCCUGACCAGCGGCUUCACGGCGGUCUACCUGUUUGUCUACGCAGUCCACUACUUCUUCUCUAAGCUGCAGAUCGUUGGAGCUGCCAGCACCAUCCUCUACUUUGGCUACACCGCCAUCAUGGUGCUCAUAUUCUUCCUCUUCACAGGCACCAUUGGCUUCUUUGCCUGCUUCUGGUUUGUAAGUAAAAUCUACAGCGUGGUCAAGGUGGACUAACGGAUGGAGGGCCGGACUCCCUGCUCUCACAGUGCAGAGCUUCUACAGUGACCGCUUUGAGGAAAGGAAGCCCUUUUGAAUGACUUGAAACAUCACAUAUCUCAGAAAAUAUCUGGAGAGGAGAGGCCCUCAAACUUGAUAUGUUGCUGUCGUAAUUAUUUUAGCUUUUACCGUCUGUCUAACAUUAAUUGACGUUUUUGAUUUGACUUGCACCUUGAUCUCCGAGGUGAGUUCCAAAGAUCUAAGUUAGCGGGCGACUGGUUAGGGGAAGGUGGUGAAGGAUGAACCGAAAUGCAUUUAUUUUCCAUUUCUAAUGUAAAAAAAAAAAGAUCUUUAUUUUAUUUAGCUUUUAUAUUCUCAGAAACCCAAACGUCUAUUUUUGUUUUUCACCAACUCUGCUGUAUUGAGAAUAUAUAAAUGUUGAUAUUUAAAGAAUGUCAGCUAUAUGGAACUGUCCUUUAUAUGUUUGGGGUUUGUUGUUUUUAUAUCUGUGAGGUGAAGACGGGCUGUAGAAUCCUAACCAUUAAUGACCUGUACUAUCGUUUUACAGCAAUGGAUACUGUAUAACUAUGACCCAGCCAUGAUGAAAUCUGUUUGUUCUUGUUAUUUUUAUGGCUAUAUUUUGGUUUAUAUGAAAAUAAGAACCUAGUUAGAAGCACAUCUUUAUGGUAGAUUAAUUUGCUAUAACAGUGGAAAUUUAAGGCCAAGCUUAUGACUCAUUGAUAUGAUUUGUUUGUAUGUAUUGUAACAUCUCACAUGGCACAGGAGAAAGCACCUUGGUGGAUGAUGAUGAUACAUAUGCAUUACAGUAUAACCGUUUAGACGUUUAUUUCUUAUUAGGUAACUUACUGUAACUAGAUCUAAAAAUCCUGCUGCUUUUUCUAUUUAUUAGUGCGGGGUCAUUACCUAAGGUGAAAACGUCUUUACAAAUAAAUACAUUUGAUUUAACUGGAAACUAAA